AUGUCCCCAACGACAGCCCUCCAGGGCCGCUUGAAAGAGCUCUCAGCUGCUCAGGGGCAAAUCCAGCCCCUUGUUACCCGGCUGCGCGAGUUUACUGUCUCUAUUGGACAAGGCGACGAAGCACGCUUAGAGCUCGGAUCGGAGAUACACUCCCGGCUGAAAGAUGCCGAGCAAGAGUUAGAGCUGCUGCGCGUGGAGGUCGAGGCCUUGGAAACACCUGCCGAUGGUAGACGGAAGGCAUCUGCUACACACGGCGAGAAGGAGGCUGAAAGGGAGCGGAUUGUUGCCAUGGCGGGACGAUUGGCUGAGGAUCUCAAGAGGACCCGAACUGAUUUCCGAAACGCUCAAUUACAAGCGAAGCGUAAUGCCGAGCUCGCCAAGCGAAAGGAAAAAGAAUUGCUAUUAUCUAGAUCGAGCUCGGAGAAAAAGCAGACCUCAGAGAGGCUAACUCAUGAUGAUCUUGUUUUGAACGCCUCCAAUGAUGUUACAUCCGCGCUGCGCAGAACACACCAACUCAUGCAAUCUGAACUCUCCCGCAGCCAAUUUGCCCAGGAAACCCUUGAACAAUCCACAGCCGCAAUCUCGUCAUUGUCCGAGUCUUACAGCAGCCUCGACACACUUCUUUCCUCGUCGCGCAGUCUUGCUAAUUCUCUUCUCCGCUCCCAAAAAUCCGAUACUUGGUAUCUUGAAACAGCAUUCUAUAUCCUGCUAGGGACUAUUGGCUGGCUUCUCUUCCGACGAGUGUUCUACGGACCUCUUUGGUGGUUGGUAUGGCAGCCUCUGAAACUAGUCGCUCGCGUUAUGUUUGCGACAUUAGGUGCAGCUGGCCUAUCCAGUACAGGCAUGCAGUCUGCUUCUGAGUCAAUCUCAAAUGGCGUCUCUUCGGCUAUCCACGACACGGCUACGGCUGUUGUGACUGGGGCCAUGACAUCUGCAAGCGCAGCCUGGAUGAAUGAGCCCUCGGUGCCCAUUGACAGUGAUCGUAUAAUCGACAAAAUCGGACGGAUGGUUGAGAAAAGUGAACAGGAGGAAGGAUCAUAUAUCGACGAUAUUACCCCGGAGGAAAGGGCAAGACAAGAAGAACUUCCCAAGAACCCGAAAAAGAGAAUGUUUGAGGCGGAGGUGGAAGAGCCUGUGCGGGAUGAGCUAUAA